GAAUGAAAUUUUCGAAAGAAAAGAUAUUUCAUGUAAUUACAUGAAAUUAACUUCUAUUUGAAAUAUAUCUGAUCUUAAUUGAAUGUGAUUGAUUUUUUCUUAAGGUUCAAGGUAAAGAUUCUUCAUCAUUUUUAAAUAAUCCAAAUAAUAUAACAUCUGAAUCAAAUGGUUCAUCAAUAUAUGAAUCUGAUGAUGAAUGUGCUGGUGAAUCCAAUGAAAAUUAUCUUUCUACAAUAAUAAAUUUACCACCAGUUGAUCUAAUACAUUUACGUGAUAUUUGUGAUUUAUUCAGUCCCGAUAAAGUUCGUGAUGCAUCACGUCGUGAUUUAUUAGCACGUGCAAUUGAAUCUGGAAAUUAUAUUCGAAAAUUAAUUGAUCUAUUUCAUAUAUGUGAAGAUUUAGAAAAUAUCGAAUCAUUACAUCAAUUAUAUGAAAUAAUUCGCUCAAUAUUUUAUUUAAAUAAAUCAAGUUUAUUUGAAUUAUUAUUUAGUGAAGAAUUUAUUUUGGAUAUUAUUGGAUGUUUAGAAUAUGAUUCACAAUUAAAUUAUACUGAGAAAAAAAAUCAUCGAGAAUUUAUAGAUACAAAAGCAACAUUUAAAGAAGUUAUACCAAUUGCUAAUCCAGAAUUAUUAUCGAAAAUUCAUCAAACAUAUCGUGUACAAUAUAUACAAGAUGCAAUUCUACCAGCACCAAGUUUAUUCGAAGAAAAUUUAUUAUCAACAAUGAAUAGUUUUUUAUUUUUUAAUAAAGUUGAUAUUGUUACAUUAUUAUACGAAGAUCCAAAAUUCCUUAGUCAGUUAUUUUCAACAUUAAAAGAUGAAAAUUUAUCAGAUGACAAACGUAAAGAUCUUAUGUUGUUUCUUAAAGAAUUUUGUGUUUUUUCACAAACAUUACAACAACAAAAUAGAGAUAAUUUUUUUCAAGCACUUGCUACUCAUGGUAUUCUAAAUGUAAUUCAAGUAAUGCUUAGUCUUGAUGAUACAACAACAAAACAAGCUGCAUUAGAUGUAUUUGCUUCUAUAGUUGAAUGUAAUCCAUCAACAGUACGUGAAUAUAUGUUACAAGAAACUCAAUCAACUCAAGAUGAUGAUGAAUUACUUCUCAAUCUUGUUAUAAAUGAAAUUCAAAGUGAUCCAGAUCCAGAACUAAGUGGUGCACUUAAUUUAAUGAAUUAUCUUAAAUUAUUAAUUGAUCCUGAAAAUAUGAUGGCUGUAUCAAUAACUCAAUUACAAAAUUUAAUUCUUGAUUUUGUUACAUUUUGUGUUGAACAUCAUACAUAUCAUAUGAGAAAUUUUCUUAAUAAAAAAGAUUUAUUACGACGUGUACUUGUAUUAUUAAAAUCUAAACAUCAAUAUCUUCAACUUAGUGCUCUUCGAUUUUUGCGAAAAAUUCUUGCUCUUAAAGAUGAACAGUAUAAUAUAACCAUCGUUCGCAAUAAUUUAUUUGCACCAAUUGUUGAUACAUUCAAAGCAAAUAAACGACGUUAUAAUUUAUUAAAUUCAGCUUUAAUUGAAUUGUUUGAAUUUAUUCGACAAGAAGAUAUAAAAACUUUAAUCAAUUAUUUUGUUGAAAACUUCUAUUCAGAAUUUGAAUCAAUAUCUUAUGUAAAAACAUUUCACGAUUUAAAAUUACGAUAUGAUGCUCAUCGAGAUAGAAGAGAACGAAUGCUUCACGAUACUUCAUCGAUAGGCACUUCACGUUUACACGACAAUCUAAAUAAUAAUCAUUUAUUACCUAUUCAACAUACUCAUCCCUCACAACGUCUUCGAAAAGAUGAUCGAGAGCUUGAUGCUGAUGAAGAAAAUUGGUUUAAUGAUGAUGGUGAUGAAAAUCGAAUAUCAUCACUUAAUCAUGGUACAUUAUUUAAUGGUGGCUCGGAUGAUGAAGACAGUCAACCAGAAACAAGUGGAACUAGUAGUGCAAUUUCAACCAAUGAACCAAUUCGAUCACAUCAUCUUCUAUUAGAUAAUGAUGAUGAUGAAUUACCAACGACAUCGACCGAAACAGCUUCAACAUCAUUACGUUCACAGUAUAAUAAACCUGUAAUCAGUAUUCAUAUUCGACGUUCACCUAUAUCUUCUGUUGGUCAGUUAUCUCCAUCAUCAUCUGCUAGUGCGGAAAAUGAUUCAACAACACUUCGAAUUGAUAUACCACCAUUGGCAACAAAUGGUUCUCCGACUUCAUCAAUACCUCGACCAAUGACACCAACUGAAUCCACAUCUACAUAUGCUAUGAGUCCUGGUUUAUCGAGUAUUGCCGAUCAAUAUAAUGAUGAUGAAAACGAUGAAGAACACGAAGACGAAGACGAAGAAGAGGAAGAAGAAGAACAAACGGAAAUAGAUCAUGAUGUAAAUUUAAAAUCUAUUCAAUUAAAUGAAAAUAGUAGUAACAGUGAUUCAUAUUCAUCAACACGUAAACGUAAAAUUGGAGAAGAUAUUGGUGGUGAUGAACAAUCUUCUUCAUUAAUAUCGAAUGAUGAUAAUAUAACUUUAUCAAACGAUACUAAUGAACAAACUAAAGUAUUUAAACGUAGUAAUGAUCAAACAACAAUGUGA